AUGAAUAACCUAAAAUACGCCAAAAUUGUCCUCGGAGUGAGUGCAGUUAUUGCUGCAUCAAUCCCCAUAAGUGUUUUGCUUGACCAAAAAAAAUCAAGUGCGAACAGAAAAAAGAACAUUUUGGUAGACAGAGAAAGAAUGCGACAAAAACUCGAGAAAAAUCCAAACCUAAAAAUGAAAACUGAGUUAGAAAUUCUGCCUAUAAAGCCUGAAAAUAAUGAUUUCAUUCUAAGUCCACACAUUGAUCAUAGAAGUCACAAAUAA